AUGGCUUCCGACGAGAUUGUCUGGCAGGUCAUCAACCAGCAGUUCUGCUCCUUCAAGCUCAAGACCACCAAGGACCAGAACUUCUGCCGCAACGAGUACAAUGUCACGGGCCUCUGCAACCGCUCCUCCUGCCCGCUGGCAAACUCGCGCUACGCCACCAUUCGCUCGCACCCCGAAACCGGCGCGCUUUACCUCUACAUUAAGACGAUCGAACGCUCUCACCAGCCAAACCGAUGGUGGGAGCGCAUAAAGCUCUCGUCCAACUAUGCCAAGGCCCUCGAGCAAGUCGACCAGCGCCUAAUCUACUGGCCCAAGUUCCUGAUCCACAAAAACAAGCAGAGACUUACGCGCCUGACUCAGGUGCGCAUAAGGUCGCAGCGCCUGGCCAAGGAGCAAGAGCGCCUGGGCGAGACGCUCGUGCCGAAGCUGGCGCCUAAGAUCCGUCGCAGGGAAGAGACGAGGGAGCGCAAGGCCGAGGCCGCCGCCAAGCUCGAGAGGGCUAUUGAGCGCGAGCUCAUCGAGCGUCUGCGCAGCGGCGCUUACGGCGACCAGCCGCUGAACGUGGACGAGACGGUCUGGCGCAAGGUGCUUAGAGGGCUUGAGCGCGGUGGCGAGGGUGUCAGAGACGAAGAUCUGGACGAGGGUAUCGAGGACGAGGAAUACGAGCACGAGCAUGAGCAAGAGGAGGGCGUCGGCGAUGUCGAGUACGUCAGCGACAUUGACGGAAGCGAGUCUGAGGGCGACGUUGACGACUUGGAGGACUGGCUGGGCGAGGAUGAUGACGACGAGGAGGCCAGCGAGGAGGAUGAUGACGAGAGCGAAGAGGACGAGAGCAGCGAGGAGGACGAGGACGAUGAGGAAGCCGAGAAGCUGAAGAAGGCGCUGGCCAGCAUGAAGAGGAAACGGCCGGCGGGCCCGCCGCCGAAGCCCAAGAAGAAGAGUGCCAAGGGCCCCAAGCGCGAGAUCGAGUAUGAGUACGAGAAGGAGACGGGCCCGCGCCAGACUGUGUCUGCGUAG